CUGCUUUCCUUGCAGGAACCAGCCCCAGUCUAUACCCAGAAUCCUCCUGUGCUUCUUGCAGACUCCUCUUCCCGAGAGGGGCGUGUGAUACUUGCACACUGAAGGACCCCACACUUUUGCAAAGAGAUGUCGUCGUCGUCUUCUCCUCAGCCCAAAUUCACGCCGUCCUUGCCUCCGGACAGAAACUGGCAUCGGAGCAAGGAGAUCAUCAGGGUCCUGUUAGAGGCUGAGCUGGAGCAGAGCUCGAAGGCGGAAGAGCAAAUCUCAGACGGCCCCAAAGAGAAAAGCCCCCACAUCGUCCAGGCGGGAGGCAGCAGCCAGGAAUGCUGGGAAAGAAGAGAGCAGAAGGUCCUGGACGAGGGCAACGCCAGCUCAGAUGUACAACGCCAACGUUUCAGGGCGUUCUGCUACCAGGAAGCUGAGGGGCCCCGAGAGGUUUGCGGCCGACUCCACAACCUCUGCUACCAGUGGCUGAAGCCAGAGCGGCACACCAAGAAGCAGAUCCUGGACCUGGUGAUCCUGGAGCAGUUCCUGGCUGUCCUCCCCCCGGAGAUGGAGAGCUGGGUCAGGGAGUGUGGCCCGAAGUCCAGUUCCCAGGCGGUGGCCCUGUCCGAAGGUUUCCUCCUGAGCCGGGCAGAGGACAAGAAGCAGGAGGAGGAGGAGCAGGCACAGACGACGUUUUCCAAAGCAGCCACAGAUUCCCCGGAGGCAGAAGAUGCUCCGUUGAACAUCACAAAGCGGCCGCUCUUCCGGGGGAUCGUGCAGGAGGCCGAAGGGGGUGCCUCUUCUCUGGGAUGUAGGGCAGCCCUCAGAGACAGCAAAAUGCCCCUGGGGCAUCCUCCCAUGCCUACUUCUCUUUGUGAUGGACUGGAAGCAGCGUCCCUGCAGCCAGAACAGGACCUAGUGACCUUUGAGGAGAUGGCUGUGCAUUUCACGGCCUUCCACGGAGGCCGAGUAGGCUCUGCUGGAUCCAGGCUGGAGGGCUCUACACAGGGAAGCCACGGAGAACUGUGGAAUUGUGGGAAUCUGGCCUCUCUCGGGUUUCCGCUUCCCAGGCUGGACCAUAUCUCCUGGCAGGGAGAAAGGGUCCAUCCGUUUGACGAAAGCUCUGAAGAGGAGAGAUCAGCAGAUGACGACGGAGAGGGCAAUAAAGAGUGUGAACAGCAUAGAACGAAAACGGAAUUGAAACAGAAGUGGGGGAGCAAAUCCAUUGUUUUUGAAGGGACUGACUUUCACGAAAUCCCUAUGGUAGAAGAACAUUGUGAAGGAAACCAAAGAAAAAUUCACAAGGAGAAACUGUUGAAAUGCGCCGAGUGUGGGAAGCUUUUCAGCCAGCAGAUAUACCUUAUUAAACAUCAGAGAGCGCACGCUACAGAUAAAACGUACAAAUGCUUGGAGUGCGGGAAGCAAUUCCUUCGCAGCUCAGACCUUCAUCUCCAUCAAAGAUUCCAUGCAGGCAAAAAGCCUUAUAAAUGCUUGGAGUGUGGAAAGCGGUUCAGUCAUAGCAUAAGUCUGAAAUGGCAUGAAAGUAUUCACACGAGAGAAAAGCCCUAUAAAUGCUCAGAGUGUGGAAAGGGUUUUAAUGAUGGCAGAAACCUUAAAAGACAUCAAAGAAUCCACACAGGGGAGAAACCUUAUACGUGCUCAGUGUGUGGGAAGGGCUUCAGUCGCAGCCCUGAGCUUAAAUCGCAUCAAAGAAUCCACACUGGGGAGAAGCCCUACAAGUGCUCCGAGUGUGGGAAGAGGUUCAACCUGAGUUCAAACCUUAGUAAACAUCAAAGAAUCCACACAGGGGAGAAGCCCUACACAUGUUCAGCGUGUGGAAAGAGCUUCAGUCAUAGCACCCAUCUUAAAAGACAUGAAAGAAUUCACACAGGGGAGAAGCCCUAUAAAUGUUCUGAGUGUGGAAAGAGCUUCAGUCAAAACAUAAUUCUUAAAUCGCACCGGAGAAUUCACACGGGGGAGAAGCCAGAUAAAUGCUCCGAGUGCGGGAAGUGUUUCAGCAAUAGUGGGAACCUUAAAAUACACCAGAAAAUCCACACAGGGGAGAAGCCCUAUAAAUGCUCUGAGUGCGGGAAGUGUUUCAGCCAAAGCAUAAUCCUUAAAUCGCACCAAAGAACUCACACGGGGGAGAAGCCCUUUAUAUGCUCUGGGUGUGGAAAGAGUUUUGGCGACAGCAGGAGCCUCAAAGUGCACCAAAGAGUCCACACCCAGGAGAAGCCCUAUAAAUGCUCUGAGUGUGGCAAGACUUUCAGUGUCAGCAGGAGCCUCAAAGUACACCAAAGAACUCACACGCAGGAGAAACCCUAUAAAUGCCUCGAGUGCGGGAAAAGUUUCAGUGACAGCAGAAUCCUCAAAGUGCAUCAAAGGAUCCACACGGGGGAGAAGCCCUACAACUGCUCCGAGUGCGGGAAGAGCUUCAACCAGAGCACACACCUCAAGAGACAUCAGAGGACCCACACAGAGGAGAAGCCCUACAAGUGCUUGGAGUGCGGGAAACGCUUCAACCAGAGCACGCACCUGAACACACACAGAAGAAUCCACGUGAGAAGCCACACAAACGCUCAGACUGGGAAAAAAAGCCUUGUAGGACUGCAAGGAACAUGUGAUGUGUCCCAAGAACGACUCUUCCUGAAGUUUGAAGAGAGGGUUUCUGUGCCCAGUCCUGCAAUAGACAUGCUUGGCCCAGUGGGGCAGAGAUCAGGCAGGUAUUGUGAUGCCGUCCAGGCUGGAAGCCCCAGGGAAUUAAGGGAGAGAACAAGGCAGAAGAUCCCGGGUAGCAAGGACACUCUCGCCUCAGACUCUCAGCGCCAGCAGUUCAGGCGUUUUCGUUACCAGGAGGCCAAAGGACCCCGAGAGGUUUGCAGCCGACUCCACCGCCUUUGCCGUCAGUGGCUGAAGCCGGAGCAACGCAGCAAGACUCAAAUCCUGGACCAGGCUCAAGGGACCGUCGCGGAGGUGGGCAAUGAAUCCCCUGAAUCGAGGGAGAGUCUGCCGGUAACCUUCCAGACGGCGCUCUUUGGGGAAAUUCCCCCAGAUAAUCGAAGUCGGGACACAUCACUGGGGAAUGGAAUAACAUCGCUGAGGCUCCCUACGACAUCACCUUUUCACAGCGGAGCAGAAAUAGACCCUGAGCAACCGACUCAGGUUCUAGUGUCCUUUGAGGAGGUGGCUGUGUAUUUCACCAACGAGGAGUGGGCUUUGCUGGAUUCGAGUCAGAAGGCCCUGCAUAGGGAAGUCAUGCUGGAGAAUUCCCGGAGCGUGGCCUCACUCGUUGAAGGGUGGGACAAUAAGGACGACGAUGAACUCUGCGCAGCGCCAUCGGAGAGAAACAAGCUUCGAGACAUGGGCGAGAACUUCAGAGAUCAAGAAGGACCAAAUAAGCAGGAAGAAAACCAAACCAGGAAGUGGGGGAAUGAAUCUUUGCCUGGGCGGAACUUGGACGGAAUUCCAGUUCAGCAGCAGAGACGAAAAGGAAAGAGAAAGAAUGUCUGCUCGCUGUGUGGGAAAGUCUUCAGCCGCAAAUCACACUUCAACGUCCACAUGAGGAUCCACACAGGCCAGAAGCAGCAUAAGUGUUUGGACUGCGGAAAGAGCUUCCGGCAGAGAGCGCACCUCACCUCCCACCAAAGAAUCCACACGGGAGAGAGGCCAUAUAAAUGCCUGCAGUGCGGGAAGAGCUUCAGGGAGCGUGCACACUUCACCGUGCAUCAGAGAAUCCACACAGGGGAAAAACCCUACCAGUGCUCGGAGUGCGGAAAGAAGUUCAGUAGGAGCACAAACCUCGCUUCCCACCUGAGAAAACACACGGGGGAGAAACCGUAUAAAUGCCCGGAGUGCGGAAAGAGCUUCAGGCAGCUUGCGUACCUUACUUCACACCAGAGAAUCCACACAGGAGAAAAGCCGUAUCAGUGUUCGGUGUGCGGAAAGAGCUUCAACAGGAACACAAACCUUACUGCCCAUCUGAGAAAGCACACGGGAGAGAAACCCUAUAAGUGCACAGUAUGCAGCAGGAGCUUUUGCGAUAAAUCAGGCUUCAAUAUACACCAGCUGAUUCAUUCAAAGGAUAAGCCACAUAAAUGUUUGGUGUGUGGCCGAAGCUUUAUUCGGCGUUCGCAGCUUACUUCCCACGAAGGAAUCCACACAGGGGAGAAGCCAUAUAAAUGCUUGGUAUGUGGAAAGAGCUUCCACCGCAGCUCCAACCUUACUUCCCACCAGAGAAUCCACGCAGGAGAGAAACCGUAUAACUGCUCGGAAUGUAGCAAGAGCUUCUACGACAGAUCGCGCCUCCUUAUUCACCAAAGGACUCACACGGGCGAAAAACCGUAUAAAUGCCCGGAGUGUGGAAAGAACUUCAAGUGGCAUGCAAACCUUGCUUCUCAUCAAAGGACACAUGGAGGGGAAAAGCCCUAUAGCUGUGUGGAGUGUAGCAAGAGCUUUUAUGACCACUCCCACCUUCUUACACACCAAAGAAUCCACACGGGAGAGAAACCUUACCAGUGCUCGGUGUGUGGAAAGAGCUUCAGCCAGAGCUCGAGCCUUACGUCCCAUCUGAGAGUCCACACAGAAGAGAAACCCUAUCAGUGCACAGAGUGCGGAAAGAACUACACUCAAAGAAGAAACCUGAUCAGACACCAGAAAAUCCACUCGGGAGAAAAAACAUACCAGUGCCUGGAAUGUGGAAAGAGCUUUUAUGAUAAGUGUAUGCUUAAGAGACACCAAAGAACUCACAGAGCGGGCAGUGAACCCAUCAUGUCUUGGAGUGUCGAAAUGGCUUCCGAUGGAGAACCGAUUUUACUUCCCCUCGGUGGAUUCACACCGGAAAAGCAGUAUGUGAUUUGAGACUGAGUAACCAAUCGAACCUUAGGAGCACUAGAGAAUUCACAUUGGGCAGAGGCUUUCCCCUCCCUUCCCUGAUAAAUACUUGGGGUGCGGAAAGAACUUCUGUCA